UGAGUCACUGCCAGCUGUUGCAUCUAAUACCAUCCAAGUCUCUGUCUGACUUAUUUGCCACUGGAAGCACGAUGGGAUCAUACUGGAGUGCUCAUGAGGAUGAAGAAUGUCCGUGCAGCUCCCUCUCCGUAAAAAUCAUAAGAAUGAGAAAUCUGAGAAAGGCAGAUCCGCUUAGUCAAACCGAUUGCUAUGUAAGCCUCUCCUUGCCCACUGCUUCUUCUGAGACUGUCCGGACUAAAACCAUCAAGAACUGCAAAGAUCCAGUGUGGAAUGAAACAUUUUGCUUCAGGAUCCAGAGCCAAGUAAAAAACAUCCUGGAGAUGAAAGUCUAUGAUGAAAAUGCAGUCACUAAAGAUGACCUCCUCUUUGCUAUCCUCUUCGAUGUAGCUAAAAUCCAGCUUGGAGAAACUGCUUACUUGACUUUUCAGCUAAAUCCACAGACACAAGAGGUGCUGGAGGUGGAGUUUGCAUUAGAGAGCAUUCCGGUUCCUCCUGAAAAGCUUGUCAGUAAUGGUGUAUUAGUGUCUCGUGAAAUUUCCUGCUUGGAAGUCCAGGUGGACAAUAGAUGGAUGAAGAAAGAAGCUUCAGAAAAAGACUUCUUAUUUACAGUGAAAGGAUCCUAUGAAGAGAGGCAGAAACUUUCACUGCGCUCUCCCCUCAAGCCUGAAGAGCCCAUUGUGUUCCAUUAUGUCAAGUACAGUCAAUCAGAACUACGCCUUGCACUACCAGAAAAGAAGUCACGUUUCUGCUUGUGUACGUCAGGUGAGGAGAAAAGAGACAGCGAUGCAUCCCUUACUAUUCCUCUGGAUUCACUUCCCUUCAAGGAGAAAGUAGCAGUAGCCAAGGAUGAAACAAUCAAUUUACAUGUGAAGUCAAACGACUGGACAAAAAAAUUAGAUGUUCGCUUGGCAUUUGAUCUAUGUGCGGAGGAAAAAAAUUUCCUACAGAAACGGAAGAAGUUUGUGGCUUCUGCUCUUAAAAAAGCCCUUUGUUUAGAGCAAGACCUACAGGACCAUGAGGUACCAGUCAUAGCAGUCAUGACAACAGGGGGUGGCACCCGGGCACUGACAUCUUUGUUAGGCAACCUGUUGGGCCUUCAGAAGCUGGAUCUCUUAGACGCUAUUUCAUACAUCACUGGGUCAUCCGGCUCAACAUGGACCUUGUCACAUUUGUAUCAGAGCACUGACUGGUCACACAAGGAUCUGUCUGGACCAAUUAGUGAAAUCCGGAGGCACAUGACCAAGUGCAAGCUGAGUUGCUUUUCCUUGGAAAGUUUUAAGUACUAUGACAAGGAACUAAAGCUGCGGAAGCAAGAGGGAUACCAGAUCUCUAGUGUUGAUUUGUGGGGACUUCUACUGGAAAAAGCAUUAAAUGAUGGGAAAAAUGACCAUAAACUUUCAGAUGAGCGACAAGCAUUGGAUCAAGGUCAGAAUCCUCUACCUAUCUACAUGAUCCUCAACAUCAAAGAAGAUUACAGCCUUGCAGAGGUUAAAGAAUGGGUGGAGUUCACCCCUUAUGAGGUGGGAUUCUUAAAAUAUGGAGCCUUCAUUCACACAGAGGAUUUUGGCAGUGACUUCUUCAUGGGUCACCUGAGGAAGAAGCUCCCUGAAUCUAGGAUCUGCUUCAUGCAAGGCCUGUGGAGCAAUGUCUUCUCCUACAACCUGUUGGAUGCCUGGCAUUUGUCAGAUCCUUCAGAAAGAUUCUCACUGAGGUGCACCCAACCCAGAGCUGUUGAUGUUGCAGAACAAGAGCCUUUUCUACCAGCAAGGAACAUUGAGUUGGAGACUUACUUGGUGACCCCUGAAUGUGGCAUCAUGAGUAUUGUUCGGCAGUUCUUGACAGAGCGGGUGAUGGUUUCAAAGUUCUUCAACUUCCUAAAGGGAUUCCAGAUGCACAAUGAAUACCUACAGAGCAAAAGCUUUUGUAUAUGGAAAGAUACCGUGCUAGACAAUUUCCCCAACCAGCUGACAGAAACAGCAGAGUUCCUGUGCCUAGCGGACACAGCUGGAUACAUCGAUAUCAGCUACCCACCACUCAUGAGGCCAGAGAGGAAAGUGGAUGUUGUCCUACACUUAAACUAUUCUUCUGGAUCACAGACGUUGCCUUUGGAAGAAGCCUCUAAGUACUUCUCAAAACAGGGAAUCCCGUUUCCCAAAAUUCACCUGAGUGAUGAAGAAAAGAAUAAUCUAAAGGAGUGUUAUAUCUUUGAAGACAGAGAGACCCCUGAGGCGCCGAUAGUGGUAUUUUUCCCACUGGUGAAUGACACGUUCAGAAAGUACAAAGAGCCGGGGGUGGAACGCAGCCCGGCUGAGACGGCACAGGGUAACGUGGACGUUUCCAGCCUUUUCUCCCCUUACUGUAUAAACAAUUUUACCUACACGGAGGAGGAAUUUGACAAGUUGGUAAAACUGACCAGCUACAACAUUCAGAACAACAAACAUUUGAUUCUUCAGGCUUUGAAUUCAGCGAUAGAACAGAAAAAGCAACAGAAAAAAUAAAUGCCAUUCCAAGUUUCAGAAAGAUACUCGGAUCAUUUUUUUCCAUGCAGAAGAAACAAAAACCUGUUUGUCAAUGAACAAUACAGACUUGGGAAAGUACUAAGAUUGUUCUUAGCUUGUGGUUCCUCUCUACCAAGCUGCAAGCCAAGAUACACCAAUUAAACAAAAUAAUGAUUAGCCUUGUAGGUGCUUAUUUAAUUGGAUUUUCACUGUUGAACAUUUUAUAAGUUUUCAUGUAUAUAUAUAUACACACACACACACGUAUAUAUAUACAGACAUAUAUAUACACAUGUGUAUGUGUAUAUACACACUAAACGAAGAGUUGCUAGGAAAUAUAGGACAUAUUGACAAGCUUUUAAGUACAUGCAUGGAGGACAGCAAUGCAAAUUCUUUUAAAAUUUACUGCAUUGGUAAAAGUUACAUGUAAAGUGCAGAUAAAUAAACUACAGAUAUUUUACUUAUUCUAAACUUAGUGCAAACAGAAAAAUAGGUAAUAAACCUGGACAGUUUUAAAGAAAUAGAGAAAAGUAUAUUGUAUUUUUUAUUAUUUCAUGUCAGCAUGAAAUUUAGUUGCAAAUACCAUGCAAAACUAUACAUAGAAGUUAUAGAAAAGAGAGUUCAUGUGGAAAGUAUGUGUUUUUCUGUACUUUUAAAUUUACAAAUUUUAUUUUGGUUUGGAAAAUCCCCUAGAAGUGACUGUUCCAAACUCUGAUGUGAGUCAAGAUCAGCUCUUACAGUGCAUGUGUAAGUACCUAACCUGGGGUUGUGCUUUUCUGUAAGGACCCAUGGCUCCAGCUCAGCAUCUACUUCCCAUUAAUUUCAACAAGUUUAGUAGUAGUUCCUGUUAUUAUAAUGUAGGGAUGCUAUGAGCAUAAUAACAUUAAAAACUGGAAGACAUUCAGAUUUUAUGGUAAUGGAGCAAGCUAAGUGUUCUAUGCUGAUAUCUAAUUUACAUUGACGGGCAAUUAUAUAACUUUUUCAGUUCCUAAAUGUUUACAAGCAACACAAGCACUUUUCAUUGAGCUCAUUUUUGAGCUGAAGACCAAAAUAAUUAUUUGCUUUAUGAAGGAUUUUAAUAACAUAAAUACUCUGUAAAACUGUUUCAUUACAACAGAGAUGUUGAUCUAAAAAAAUAAAAUGUUUCAGUCAGUAUCAUCUACCCUUAAUUACUUCAAAUUUGAAUGAAACUCAUUAACUUGUCUAUGUUGAAGUAACAUGUAUUAGCACACACACAGCUAUGAGUGGUACAUUAUGA